AUGAGCUCAGAUUCGGGCGCGAGCUCUCUCGGCGCUCACAAUGAUGACGAGGAUGAGCUUGAGCUGGGCGAAGGCGCGACCGAGGAGCAUGGCGUGGAGGAGGACACUGAGGAUGAGGCUGCAUCCAUUGACAGUGGGAACAAUGGCUUCACUUUUGCCCGGACACGAACCCACGAUAGUCAACAACGAGGAGAUGACACGAUAGGAGAGCUCUCAGUACCAAAGGUUGUACUGAGGCCGGGCAGUCCAACAUCAACACUCACACCAGACGACACACCCUCUAUACAGGGCUCAAUCCUGUCCUCGCCCAGUAGCAGUGUGCCUGCGUCAUACACUUCUAGCCGCCCUCAUCGACCCUCUCUCCAACCCUUCGAACGCCGCUUCUCUUCCCGCCUCAAUCUCUCUCCACUAGCGUCACCACGUGCUGCGUCGCCUGCGUUCCUGUCAGGACACUCCCGACAGUCCUCAAUAUCGAGCAUCUUGUUCAAGCAGCUGCCAGACGAGGCCGAGACCCCACAAGCGCCUUGGGAAGUCGUGCGAUGGACCAAAUUGAAGAAGAUUUCCGGGCAGGUCUUUUCAGAAAUUGGCAAGCGUAACUUUGGCCGCCCAACGUGUCUGAGUGUCGCUGCGUCGCUUGUCGUGGGCACAUCAAAGGGCUUCAUUCUCGUAUUCGACUAUCAGCAGGUUCUCAAAUCUAUCAUCGGACCGGGCACCAAAGCUGUCGAGUGUGGUGCCAUCACCGCAUUGGCCAUAUCUGCUGAUCACUCGACUAUCGCUGGAGGCCAUGCGACGGGACAUGUCUUCACGUGGGAAUUGUCGAAGCCCGCCAAGCCGUUUCUGCACAUCCCUCCACUGGAUAGAGCGACCUUGGACAACAAAAGGUCAGACGGUCACGUCUCGGGCGUCGCCAUUCUCCACCUAGGGUUCUUGGGUACACGUCAUACAGCCCUUGUCUCCGCCGAUGAUGGUGGCAUGGCCUUCUCGCACCUUGCGACCCGUGGACUGGGAGCCAUUGCACGCUCCGUUAAGACCACUCGCAUACUUGGCAGAUACCCUUUGUCUGCAAAGUCGCUUGAGAAGCCACGGAAGCCAAGCUCAGUUCUUGCAUUCUCCCCGCUUCCACUGGGCAACGUAGAGCAGCCGACAGAUGUCAUGGGACUGACUGCACUUCUAACCCCAUACUUGCUAGUCAUCGUGUCGACCACGCCUCUGGCACAGACACAGCACAAGGCUCCGAGGCCAAAGGAGGUCGAACCACACGGUGCAUUGAGCGGAUGUAUGGCAUGGUUCCCUGCAGUGAAGCUGAAAACGCCGUCUGGUGGAUCCGAAAACGCCGUCUCGAAGACCAAGCUCGUUUACUGCUGGUCGAAUGUCUUGACCGUCCUCGAUGUUGAGAGUAUAGUAGCGCCACCUUCCGAGAAGGAGAAGCCCACAGAACUUCGCUUCCGACCGCGGAGUCGAUGGAGAUCUGAAGAAGCUAUUGUUGCUGUCCAGUGGUUGAGCAGAUCAGUUCUGGGUGUGUUGACUAUCAGCCAGCGCCUGCUCAUCCUCGAAGAUAACACGAUGCGCACAACGGAUUCGUUCGACCUGUUGCAGAAACACAUCUACCAUUCAGAUCUCUUUUCGCAACAGCUGAGGCCCGUAGUUGAGACCCUUGAAGAAGGAGAUGCCUCAAUGCAUGGUGUAGUUGCCGAUGCUUUCUACAUGAGCUUCCGAGCUUAUAAAGGCCGGCUGUUCCUACUGGGCUUCAACGAUGUCUCCAUUGGCACUCUCUCUAACUGGGCUGAUCGGUUACUGGCGUUGAUGGAAGACGGCGAUUUUAUCGCAGCCAUCCGCCUCGCAACAUCGUACUACGUUGGAGAUGCUGACAAACUGACUGUUGGUCUACCAGAUGACGACAGUGCACGGCACGCACUCGUACAAGAGAAGCUUCUGGAAAUGAUCACUGCAUCGAUGCGAUACACUUUCUCACGACAAGACGACGAUUCGCGGGACGCACGUCUGAAGGAGCUCGCCGAAGUGUGCUUCACUGGUCUUCUAAGCAUGAAAGAGUUGGAUUUCCUGUUUGAAGAUGUGUAUGAUGCGUUCGAAGACGCAUCGGCAGAACAACCAUUCUUCGAGACUCUCGAGCCCUACAUCCUCGACGAUGAGAUUACAGCUGUGCCUCCAAACGUCCUGAAGGAUCUCAUCAAUUUCUACGCUGGAGUUGGUCGUGGCAGCCAACUGGAAGAGAUGAUUUGUCGGUUGAGCACCGACACCAUGGACAUGAAUCAGGUUACUACACUUUGCCAGCAAUACUUUCUCUACGACGCCCUGAUACAUGUCUGGACUCAGACAAUUGGCGACUUUAUCACCCCACUCACAAACAUCUUGGAGCUCCUCAAGCUUGUUGACUUUGAUAUCGACGAAACAGAGAAUAUUUUCAUCUCAUCGGCGAAGAAAAUCUUUCCCUACUUAGCCUAUACUUUCACAGGACGGGUGUAUCCUGUUGGGACAUCCAUGGACGAUGCGCAGGCUUACAGUGCAAAGAAGGACAUGUAUCGGUUUAUGUUCUCGGGGAAGAACAUCCAGUGGCCGCCAGGCACAGGCGAAGUGGUAUUGACGCGCACCGACAAGAGCCCCGAACCACCUUUUCCAUAUCUACGCUUGGUGUUGGAGUUUGAUGCAUCGAGCUUCAUGAGUAUGCUCAAUGAGGCCUUCGAAGACGGCUUCCUGAAUGGAGAACAACAAGCGCCAAACGGAAGCAACAUUAACGGCAAUCAGCGUGGCUCAGCAUUUACUCCCACACGUCAGUACAUUGUCAACAUCCUCCUUGGUGUCAUGACCCCGGAUAACUUCGAUGUGGAAGACAUCAUAUACUUCUAUAUGUUCAUUGCUCGAAAUCUACCCAAAUACCCUCAACACAUAAUGCUCCCCGGAACCUCCCUUCACCAGAUCCUUGUCGGGCUUUGCAAUUACCCCACUGAAGUCAUCAAAGAAGACUGCCAACUUUCAGUCGAGUAUCUCCUUUCCAUCUACCACCCGCCGAGUCCUCAGAGUCUCGUUCCCUUGUUUGAACGGGCGGGAUUCCAUCGCGUGCUCAAGUCCGUUUAUCGGGGUGCGCAACAGUAUGCUAAGCUGCUGGAGACCUACCUUGACGACACAGAAGAUGAAAAAGCGGUCUUUGACUGCAUACACGACAUUUUGCGACCAGGCAAAGGUCUUGUCAGCAAGCAGGUCAACGAGGUCAAGGCUCUCAUCGUGGACCGUGCGAGUGACCUAGCUGCUGUGGAUGCAUCACAGACCGCACUGACGAUAAAGCGGUAUGCGCCUGACUUAUUGAAGUCUGUUUUCGAUGGUCUCGACGAUAAUUCCGAUGUUCAGUAUCACCACCUGAAAGCUAUCGUCGAGCCUCACCAGGUACAGACCGAUGAAGUCACAGCGAUCGAUGAGAACUUGCCAUCAGGACUUAUCGAACGCUACGUUCAACUGAUGUGUACAUACAACAGCUCACAUGUUGCAGACUUUGUCAGUCUACUCAAGUCAGGCGACCUGAGAUUAGACCCGAUUCUGCCUGCACUUGAGAAGAGCGGGGCCAUAGACGCAGCUAUCAUCCUCAUGGCUCGUGAUGGGCUUGUCCAAGAUGCAAUGGGCCGCCUAGUGAAGCACAUUAGCACACUCGAGACCGCACUCAGCGGACUCAUUGGCGCAGCUGCAGACAGUCCUGAUGUGGCCAAUACCGAAGAAGCAACGCAUGAUUUACUCGAGGAUAUACAGAAGUACGUCAAGGUUGGCAUAUGGCUGUGUCAGGGCCAAACGAGGUCAGCGGACAAGCCUCCGGAAUCCAUUGUCGACAGGCGAAAGUCAGCGUACGGCGAGGUGAAGGAAGCAGAACUAGCAUCAGACGAGAUGCUCUGGCUCGACCUCAUCGACACGGUCGUAAGACUCAUCAGAGACACGUCAUCCGCCAUCACCGACCUCGACGCCGCAAUCGCAUCGUCAAGCCCCAUCCCCUCCGACACAAUCGACACAAACAAAAUCUCCACCAAACUGCGCGAAUCUGUCCAGCAAACCUUCUCCGCUCUCCUCGCAGCGACUACCAUCCCACCAAACAAAAAACACACACGAAACGGCUCAUCGAACUCCCGCCCCCAGCUACGCCACACACAACUCCACACCACCCAAACAAACCCCUCCUUCCUCCGCAUUCUGCGCUGCUUCCUCACUCGUGCAUCGGCCUCCUCAUCCCCCGCACUCUCGGACCUUCGCUCCGUGCUCGCGGAAAUCUUCGCCGCGUACACGUUUGAGGAGACCAUCCUCGCUCUGGCAAAUAGGUUCUUGGACAAAGAAGCGUUUACAAACGUCGCGGAGCUGAAAGUGCUGCGCGAAAGGGGAUGGCGACCACGAGGCCAGGUCUGCGAGGGAUGUCGAGGUCGAUGCUGGGGCCCUGGGGCUGGGCAUGGGGUCUGGGAGGUGUGGGAGGGGAGGGAACGGGAGAGGGAGAAGGAGAGGAGGGAUGGAGGUACGGAGGCUGGUGAGGGGAGUGGGUCGGGGAAGGGGAAGGGGAAAAGUGCUGAGAUGGAGGGGGUUGAAGGCACGGGGUCUGGGGUGGUGAGUGGAGCGGCGGAUGCACAGCUUGGUCCUGUUGUGUUGUUUGCGUGUAGGCAUCUUUGGCAUAAGACGUGUGUCGAGAAGGAGAGUGGGGUGGGUGGGACGAGUACGGGCACGGGCAUGGGGAGGCUGAAGUGUCCGCUUUGUGGGUAG